UAAACAGUCUGGCGGUUGCGGUGUGAACCUGCGAGGACGAUGGCCGCUCUGAAGUAUGCGGGGCUGGACGACACCGACAGCGAGGAUGAGCUGCCUCCCGGCUGGGAGGAGAGAACCACAAAAGACGGCUGGGUUUACUACGCUAAUCAUAUUGAACUGAAGACUCAAUGGGACCAUCCCAAAACCGGGAAAAAGAAACGUGUAGCUGGAGAUUUGCCAUAUGGUUGGGAACGAGAAACAGAUGAUAAUGGUCAAGUGUACUUUGUUGAUCAUAUAAACAAAAGGACGACAUAUCUGGAUCCACGCUUAGCAUUUACUGUUGAAGAAGCAUCUGAAAAACCAAAUAUUCGGCAGAGAUAUGAUGGGAACAGUACUGCAAUGGAAAUUCUACAAGGUCGAGACCUAAGUGGCAAAGUUGUUGUUGUCACUGGAGCCAACUCUGGGAUUGGUUUUGAGACUGCACGCUCUUUAGCUUUGCACGGAGCACAUGUUGUCCUUGCCUGCAGAAAUCGAGCUCGAGGCAAUGUGGCCACACAAAGGAUACUGGACGAAUGGCAUAAAGCCAAGGUAGAAACUAUGACUUUGGAUUUAUCUUCCCUGCGGAAUGUUGAGCAGUUUGCAGAAGCUUACAAGACUAGAAACCUGCCUCUUCACAUACUGAUUUGCAAUGCUGGUGUGUUUGGAUCCUCAUGGCAAUUGACAGAAGAUGGUCUAGAGACCACUUUUCAAGUGAACCACCUGGGCCACUUCUACCUGGUACAGCUACUUCAAGAUGUCCUACGCCGCUCAAUACCUUCAAGAGUGAUUAUUGUAUCCUCUGAAUCACACAGAUUUACUGAUAUAAAGGAUUCCUCAGGAAAACUGGAUCUAAGUCGGCUCUCUCCUGCUAAGAAAGAUUACUGGGCCAUGCUUGCCUAUAACCGGUCGAAGCUUUGUAAUAUUCUCUUUUCGAAUGAGCUGAACCGCCGUUUGUCGCCUCAUGGAGUAACCUCCAAUGCUUUGCAUCCAGGAAACAUGAUGUACACCUCAAUACACCGCGGCUGGUGGUUAUACACCCUACUGUUUACCUUGGCUCGUCCUUUUACCAAGUCAAUGCAACAGGGAGCUGCCACCACUAUCUACUGUAGCAUUGCCCCGGAGCUGGAGGGACUGGGAGGGAUGUACUUCAACAACUGCUGUCGGUGCCUGACGUCUCAGCAAGCCCAGGAUGAAGCAUCAGCCUGUGCCUUGUGGGAGCUGAGCGAGAAGCUCAUCCAAGAGCGAGCUGGCAGCCAACCUGCCUAACAUGCAGCCCGGUUUGUGAAGACGGAAGCAAGCAACCUUGCACCAGAAAACUGCUGUCCUCAAAUAUUCUCUUUUUCUCUCUCUCUCUCUCCCCCUGUCUAGUUCUUUGCCAACGUUAUCAGUGUGUGAGAUUGAGCGCUUCUCAAAUAAAGCUUAACCCUUUACAACCUCUGGUGAAUUCUGACUGCUGUUUGAGGAAUAGAUCAGGUUUCACUCACG